AUGGCGUCCUCAAAAAGGGCGUACAAUUGGUAUAUAUCCAUGGUGGCGGCAAUGUGCAUGGUUCUCUACGGAUAUGAUGCUUCAGUGUACAAUUCUGUUCAAGGCUCACAGAACUGGUUGGCAUAUUUUGAUCUUGAUACCGAACGGGACACAUAUAUGAUUGGCCUGAUAAACACAUCAUACACUAUCGGUGCAAUUGUUGCAGGCUUCUUCUUUGGCGGUCCUCUUGCAGACUAUUUAGGACGACGAUGGGGCAUGUGGACUGGAUGCCUUCUUACAGUUAUCGCCACCUUUAUGCAAACAUUUGCUCCCCGACAUAACUUGGGCUGCUUCAUUGCUGGGCGUGUCCUUGUCGGUCUUGGGCAAGGCAUUGCUUUGACGUCUGGGCCAGUCUAUAUCGGCGAAAUGGCACCACCUCCUAUCCGCGGUCUUAUUAUGGCUUUCUGGCAGCUAUUCUAUUCUGUGGGAUCAUUCAUUGCCUAUUGGAUCAACUACGCUUGCUCUCUCCAUCGCAGUAAGCUGGGCGAGUGGGACUGGAAAAUGGUGGUAAUUUUCCAGAUCAUGGUUCCCAUCAUCAUCAUGAUUUUAUUACCAUUCCAGCCAGAAUCCCCACGUUGGCAUAUAAAGAAGAAUGGCAAUAUCGAAGCUGCCAAGUCUGCCCUUCGUAAGAUUCGUGACACCGAGCAGGAAGUUGAGGAUGAGGUUUUGGCUAUCCGCGAAGCGCUUGAAUACGAAAAAGAAGCCAUCAGCAAUAAUUACACCGCGCUGUUCAAGGAUCCUUCUAUUCGCAAACGACUUUAUCUCGCCUUUAUAAUUAAUGUUGGACAGCAGCUCAGUGGCCAAGGCACACUCAACACCUAUUCCACCGCCAUUUACAAGAAAGUGUGGACAUCGACCCAAACCAUCAAUCUGAUCAACGCUCUAAAUGCAACAUUUGGCAUCCUGUUCACUCUUAACGCGACAUGGACGGCCGACCGUUUUGGCCGCCGGUGGCUGUUCAUCAUCGGAGGCAUCGGCAUGGGUAUUUGCAUGCUGUUGGUUCCUGUAAUCGGCCAGACUACUCCCGACAUUAACGGUACCAAAUCGAAGCCUGUCGGAAUCGCGAUUGUGUUCCUUUUAUUUUUCUUCAUUUUCUUUUAUAAGCCCUCUUGGGGCGCAACCACUUGGAUUUGGACAUCUGAGAUCUUCAGUAUGAACGUUCGUGCCCAGGCAAUCGGCAUGUGUAGUCAGAUGCAAAAUGUCGCCAAUACGAUCUUCCAACAAUUCUUUCCAACAUUUUUGAAGAACGAAGGUCUCAAAUGCCUGUAUUUCUUUAUGGCGACGAAUUUCCUCCUCGUUGUAUUCGUCUAUUUCUUCAUUCCCGAGACGAAGCAAAUUCCGCUGGAAGAAAUCGACGUUCUUUUUGGCGGUGCUAAUCACGUUGAUAAGGGUGCUCAGAUACUUGGUGGUCCUGAUAUUAACACUAAAGAAGUUCAUGUAGUUGAUCAGAGCGAGGAUAACAAGAUAACAGCGGUAUAG